UCGAAGUUACUACUAUUCGAUCUAGUCUAUUGAGGAGAAUUUUAGGCCUUUAUUUAAGAAGUAUUGCUGAAUCUACGUUGGUUGAACGAUGGCGCCAAAAGUUUCUAGUAAAGUGAAAAGAGAGAAGAAGGCUGGCAAGUCGAAACCUAGUGCUGGUACUGAGGGCGACAAGAGGAAGAGAAAAGUCAGAAGAAAGGAAACUUUCUCGACCUACAUUUACAAGGUUCUGAAGCAGGUUCAUCCAGAUACUGGUAUCUCCAGUAAAGCCAUGGGCAUCAUGAACUCGUUCGUCAACGAUAUCUUCGACCGCGUCGCGAGCGAAGCUUCCCGUUUAACAAAAUACGCCAAGAGGACGACCAUGAGCUCCCGCGAGAUCCAGACCGCCAUCAGGCUACUUCUGCCCGGUGAACUGGCCAAACAUGCCGUGAGUGAAGGAACCAAGGCCGUGACCAAGUACACCAGCAGCAAGUGAGGCGAUUUUCCCGCCAACAAAACAAACGGCUCUUUUAGGAGCCACCACAUCGGUCUAAAGUCUUUGACCAAUAAAAUUGAAAUAUCAUCUCAUCCGAAACGCCCUUGUAGCAUGUUCGAAAAUUGUACAAUUUGGCGACAAUGUAAAUUUGAGUUGUUGUCUUGAGUUGUAGCAUAACUGUGUUAUUACAUUACUCAAAUUUGAAGUGUUAUCAGCGUAUAAAAUGUUUUGACAGAACUUCGCCAAGUUUAAUAUCACACUAAGUUAGUCACGCAAUCAGCGCAGUGUGACACCUUUGAUAUCACAAACUUAUGAAAAGCUACCUGCCCGCACAUUGUUCGCCACCUCGUUACAUGGGCAUUUUCCUGCCCCUAUUAAACUGGGUUGUUUCUGGCAUAGAACUAUUAAAGUAGUAUUUCAUGAAAACAGCGAGGAAAACUCAAAGCUAGGCCUAAAACAAAGCUAUGAAUAUUUCUAAAUAUCCCCUAACAUAUCCGGACAUUUGUGGAAAAGUCAACUGAAAAUUCACCCCAGCCUCUCAAAGGAAAAUAUUGCUGCCUCUUUCACCUUAGACUUAAAGUCUUCUCUAACGAGGGCAUCCUUUUCAUCGUAGCUGCUUUGGGAAUUUGUUUGAGAUGAAAUUUCGCAACCCUGUGGUUCCUAUGGACUAAGUUACUCUCAACCUGAGAAGAAUUCAGUCACAAGGGCUCGAAAGAUUCUGAAGAUCUUCAUUGAAUACUGAUCAAAUCAGGCAAGCAUAUGAAGGGAGUGUAGUAUAAAGAAAGGCUGUGCUUGCAGGGUGCAAAUCAUGUCUCCAUAUCCACAAACUGCAAAGUUUCUUUAAUUAUAAUUUGUUUAGUCUAUUUAUUCUCACUGGUAAUACCAGUGUGUUUGGAUGAAAUUUUACUUAAAUUCUUAAAAACAUUUGGAAAUUUCGGGAAAACGUGUUACAGUGCGACUAGCACUACUCGAACCGGGCCACGUAGAAAAGAAUUAACCUGGAAUCAACCAGUCAGAACGUUACUUGAGAACAAAGGAUAGCAAUCUUUUUCUCAAAUAAACCAAUAACAUUGAAGAAUACGAACAAGAGUUCUUAACAAAAUUGAAAACCUAACAAAAGUGCGAGGUGUUGUGAAUCUCUCAGCAAACUUUGCCAUUUGUUGAUAGGUCAGUUUCGAUCCUACAUUUUGUACGCUUUUCAACAGUUUCGGAUUUGUGUCCCCCCACAUUUGUUGUAGCAAGCUUAUUUGUUCGAGCAAGGUCUUUAAUUAUGAUAAUCCGCCGUCAAGGACAGAAUCUGUAAGGGCCUGAUUACAUGGCGAAUUUCAACCCGGGCUGAAAUUUCAGCCCGGCUAGCGGGGGCUGAAAUUUUGUUGCGAUUACAUAACGAAUUUCACCCCGGGCUGAAACAUUAGCCUCGGCGACAAAUAUGAAAUUGUGUGCGAAAAGUCUCCAGAGAAUCAAAAUGGCGCCGAGAACACGAAUCGUGAAAAUAGGCGCAUUGCUUCUCUCGUAGUUUGACCUUUUGUUGGUGCUCAAUUUUUAUCUUUUUGGGAUAGUAACACCCUACAAUGAUGAUGGAACUGAAACGAAACCUGUCUCUCAGCCACAAAGACGUACUUUUAUAGAAAGAAAAUAUGUCCUCAAGCUUGCCGAGUUCAUGGCUUCCCUGACUGCCUCGUGCUGUUUAACGUUGUCUCAAUGUUCUUAUAUUCCAUCUGGGCUUUGAAAUUAGAGAGAUUCUCUAUUUAAUCGCCUUUAUUCCACUGAGAUCGCUUCUACUUCGUAGCGGCAGCCAUCUUAUUUCCUGCUUUUCAGCCCGGUUUGAAAUUCCGUUUCGAUUACAUGGGAUUUUUUCAGACUUUUCAGUCCGUUUGCCCGGGCUGAAAAUCCUAGCCCGGUUU